UGUUUCAGUAAGCAGAUGAGGCAUGGUGGGAAGAAAUAAAGAAGAUUUUGAUGCCUUAGGUGGUUCUUGGAUUUUUCAUUUUUGUUUUGAUGCCCUGUUUUCAUGAACUCUGCGAGACAAGCUUAAAUCUAAUUUUUUGUUGGAUUUUUGGGAUUAUAUGACUAAAAGCAAAACAUAUUAAGCUGUGGAUCCACAUGGUUUUUCAAACAACUGAAUCUCCACGAAGUCAAACUGAGGGAUUAUUUGCAAAGUAGAAAACUUCUGUCUUGUGGAUACUGGAUUGUACGGAUUCAACACAGUAACAAUGCCUGUGAUUGUUCUGGAGGCCCGAGACUUCACCAGUCCACUAUUUUUGGUGAGAACAUUGGAAGUCCUCUCCAGCUGCACAGCCUUCAGUCUUGUGGCUUCAAUGGAACAUAACCUGAACAUUUCACCUGAUCGGGACAAAUUCAGAAUAUUCUGUAUGUUUACCUGGUGUUUUUUCUUUGUGGUUACUUUCCUCAUACACAUUAUCAGCAUCAUCCAGUUCCACAGCCUCAUCCCAAUAUCCUGGAAGAACCUGACCAUGAUGGUGGCACUGUUAGGAGCGUUGAUGAGUCUCAGCUCGUUUGUGUUUUUUCCCUGGAAAGUCAUGGAUCAUACAACUGUGUCUGCACGUGCUUUGACUGCUGCAGUGGCUUCUGGUCUCACCUUCCUGGCCUAUGUCUUUGAGUCUUGUGUUCUUCGCACCCAAGCACACGAACAAAGAGGCUACAUAAGCAGUUUGCCUGGUUUUCUUAAGAUUAUCCAACUGUGGGGUGGUCUUCAGAUGAUACCUCUGAUAUUGUCAAUCUCCAAAUUGCAGACUGGACCAGACUGGCAGCGUUGGGUGCCGUACGUCUCAUAUGGCGUUUGUGUCUUCAUAUCUCUCGUCACCCUGGUGGUGAUAUUGGGUGACUUUGCUGGACGAUGCCUCCUGCCUUUUGACAGAUUUUUGGCCGCCUUCAGCCUGAUUGGGGUACUACUCUACAUGUUGGCAACAGUGAUUUGUUUGACCAAGAUAAUGCAGAUGAGCGAGACGGAAUCCAAACAAAAUUAUCCAAAUCUGGUCAUCGUAGAAACAGUGGUUUCUAGUAUCACACUGUUAGCUUACACGGUGGAUCUUGCCUUCUCCAUCAAACUGUUGUGUGACAGGAGUCACAUGUGAAGCUGGUUGUGAAGUUUCUGACUGAUUCUCUACAAAACAAAUCUUACCGAUUUACAUUUUUGCUCUUUCUGUCAUGUCAAAUUUUAUUUCUAAACUCAGAUCUUGAUUAUUAUUGUUGUCCCACUGGUGGUAUUUUGACCUUCUCCAGUGGCACUCAGAGACAAUUUUGUACUAUCAGUUAACAAGUUAAAAACUAUAGGCUUUAGUGCUUUAAGCAAACACUAAACUAAGCGCUUUAACUGGUAUGGAAAUAGUGUUGAUUUUUUGGUAGAUUUCAUCAAUUACCUUUUCUUAUUUGUUAAAACAGGACAAACUAAGUAAAAACUAAUGAAGAAUGACUAAGUAUGAAAAACAUUCUGUGCUUUUUCAUCAGUGAAUAGAAACAAAAUGAAAAUUUUAGAGCGAGAUGAAUUCCAUUCAAAUCUAUCUUCUGGCACUGACAAACAUUGGAAAAAGAUUGGAAUUGUUCCAAAAAAAAUGCAUUCUUUUCCUUCAUGUUUUAGUCUACAAAAGCUUUUUAAAUGUCUUCUUCCUAGAUGUACAAAAAUUGACUUGACUGAAUCUAAAAUUACUAGAGCUGACUAGAUUGUAAAAUAAAAGUAAAUUGUAUUUUAGUCAAAAGACAUUGUAUAAAAUUAAGUAAAAAUUGAGCUGUUAAAAAAUGCUGGUUAAAACAGUCAGCAAAAGCUAAAUAUAAACUAAAUGGAUGAGCUACGAACAAUCAGCAGUAGGGGAAUAGUCAUUUAAAUGCAUGAAAAGUCUCUUCUUUAGCUGAAUCCUCCAACCAAACGUUGUAAAAUUCUCAAAACUGAGAAUUUUAUGAUGAGAAAACUGAACAAAUUAAACCAGGCCAAGCUCUGCAUUCAGCAUUAUGCUGUUGUAAUAUUAUUUUUAAUAUUCAUCUGGGAGAAAGAUUUGUAAAACUUUGUAACCCAUGACACAACAUCCUUAUCUGGUGAACACUGACAAAGGAGACUUUGUCAAAACUAAGAUGCUCCAACACAAGUUUGCAAACCCUUCUUCUGGUCUGUGGACUUCUCCGGAACUUUUAGAACCAGGUUCUUCUACUUCAAUAACUUUUUUCAGGUUAUUUCUGAUUCUCAACUAUUUCCUCACAUUGAACAUUGUCCUUUAACAAAUGGUCAUCUUACUACAACUCUAUGUUUUCUCCAGAGUCUGUCACAACUAGAUUGACUUACCAAGUUGUAACUAGUUUCGAAGUACAUUUUUAUAUUUUUACUGUUUGGUUUGGUUGAGCUCCCAAUGAACUCACAGAUAUUUCAACAUGCUGUAGUAAAGGGCCCAGUAUGUAAGCAGGCUACAUUACUAUCAGCUUAUUUUAAGGAGUUUUACAAAAUGUGGUGCCACUUAAAAACACUCUACAUUUCUAGUCACAGAUGUGAUUAGUUUGUCUUUUUAUGUCAGGUAUUCAUAUAGGCUAGUUAGCGUGUACAAAUGCUUUUAUUGUCAAGUAGGAGGUACCUGACAAGGUUGAUGUUUUCUAAAGUGCAAUGAAAAGCCUCUGAGAACUAGACCACUGAACUAACUUGUAAAGUUUCACUAAGUGCUAUAUAAAGGAUUGGUUUUGUUGCUCUAAAGUAAAUACAGUACGUCAUGCAGACCACAGUUUGCUAUCACAUGCUUAUUGUUCAACUACUAAACAAUGUCCAUGUUUAUUUUUGAUAUACUGAUAUAAUGACAUAUAUCUCAUGUGGUGGCUGCUUUAUAAACCGCCUUAAAGUGAAUCUGUGGAAAUGGCUUUUAAGGAAAAAAUGUUUGUUUUGUUUUUUAUAUAAACAAGCUUACGCCAGUGCAGUUGUCAUCAAUCACCACUAGAUGGCAACAAAACAGAAUGUUUCCAUAUUUCUAUUUCUGGGGUUAACUUUGAAAGGACAUUUUGUAUGUCUUUCAUAUAAAAGCCGUCAUUUAUCACAUAAGAUUUCUGAUCAAAUAAACUUUAUCAAGCUUUAAAUGCAU